AUGAACAGUCUCAAAAGAAAUGAGGCCACAGCCGCCGAGGCCGCCGCUAUCGAAGACGGCAAAAUGAACCCUUUUUUCGAGAACAAGGAGUACACCAAGGAGUAUCUCCAAAUCCACGAAGAUCGAUGCAAGAAGCUCCCAGUUCGCUCCCAGCGACAAGAGUUUCUUGACAAGUACCACUCGGAGCAAGUCACCAUUGUAGUGGGUGAUACGGGGUCGGGUAAGACAAUACAAGUUUCGCAAUUUGUGUUAUUUGACGAGUGGGCAAGCGGCCUACGUGUGGCCUGUACCCAACCACGAGUAGUGGCAGCAACCAGUGUCGCAACCCGUGUUGCUCAAGAAUUGGACGUGCCUCUGGGCGGUAUUGUCGGGUACAAAGUCAGAUUCGACAACAAAAGUUCAGGCUCUACGCGUCUUGGAUUCGUUACAGAUGGCCUAUUACUCCAGCAAUAUGCUGGCGACACCAAUUUCUCCAAAUAUGCCUGUAUCAUGAUAGAUGAAGCUCACGAGCGAACAGCCAAUACCGACAUGCUGCUUGCGCUUCUCAAAAAGCUCAUUCAAAAGCGAAAGGACCUUAAGAAGUUCUGUCAAUACUUUGGUACUCAAAAUGUUUUCGAGACAAAACGACAGUUUAACGCCCUCAAAAUCAAGCAUGUCCAGGAGCCACCAGUUUGUUACGACUCGGCCGCUGUGAUGUUGGUCAGACAAUUUGUUGCCAACAAGCGCAAAGGAAAUAUCCUUGUGUUCUUAACGUCGGUGCGGGAUAUUGAGAAGGCCUGUGCCAUGAUUCGACGGGAAGUGCGAGGUUUGAAGGUACUCCCAAUGUACUCUUCACUCCCCAAGCAUGCCCAAGAUUUGGCUACUGGUGGUUCCACCAGACAGGUAUGCAUUGUCUCGACCAAUGUUGCCGAGGCAAGUUUGACGAUCCCAGGCAUUACGUAUGUCAUUGAUUGUGGGAAGCAGAUAGAGGCGAGGGUCAACUACCGAGUAGGCAUGAAUACGCUGUCCACUGCUCCCAUAUCAAAAGCCGCUGCACGACAGCGAGCAGGACGCGCUGGGCGAACCCAGCCCGGCGAAUGCGUUCGCCUGUACACCAAAGAGUUCCACGACCUCGGAAUGACCAGCAACACCCCCGCUGGCAUUCACAUGAGCGAUGUAUCAUGA